AUGCAGCUUGCCAACUUUACUUGUGUCCACCACCAUCCUCGGUAACCCACCCUCUGCCCAGCAAACCAAUUCAACACAGAUCCGCCUACUAAAUCCUCUGCCCGGUCGAGAGCACCAAACCAUGCGUCCAUAGGCCACUGAUGCCUUCGACGGCAGCCACCAUGGCCACUCACAGUUGCAGCAACCGAGAAGGUGAAGAUGGAGUUUGUCGUGGGCGCUUAGGAAGCAACCAUGAAGUUAGAGUUUGCCAGGAGUACACCGCACCUGCUUCCACCUGCCUGUGCAGCCGGCGCCUUUCAUGGUGGCUGCCCUGCCCGGUGACUGCUCAAGACUCAUUAGCAACCAGAUUAUUAUCCAGUUUGGAGGUACCUCCUCUGCCCCCAUAUCUGUUUUCUGUUGUUCCACUUGCCAUGGCGGUUGACGUUGACAACUUACCAUCAUCAUGAGGAAAGCAUGUUUUUCACUCAAUUCAUUAGCACUAUGACAUAUAAAAAAGUUACAAAUUGGAAAAUCCUUAGAAGUGCAUAAUGUCCACAAUUUCCUAGCAAUAUAUGCAAUCUUUAGGUAUUGUUGGUUUUCACUUCAUUUUUGGGGACAACUUAGUGGUGUUGAUACAUAUUGUGGUUAGCAAAUUCUAUAUGCAUAAAAUGCAGUAAUCGGUGAAACUUUUGUUCGCAUAGUUUCUUUGAUUGGGAGCAAAUAGAUAUUCGCCAAUGGAACCUUAUUCUGUUUAAUUAUUUUCUACCAUAAUUCAUGCUGACCCUUAUCUUUUUUUCCGUUCAUUUCAUAGAUCAAUAACUUCUGAGCACUGUCUUUGCACUUGCAAGUUACUGCUGAGCACUGUCUUUGUAGUAGUGAAGAUCACAGAGAAGUACAAGAUGGAGUUUGUAGUGGGUGCUUCGGAAGCCACCAUGAGAUCUCUCCUAGGCAAGUUGGGCGGCCUCCUUGCCCAAGAGUACACUCUGAUCCGUGGCGUCCGUGGCGACAUCCAGUACAUCAGCGACGAGCUCGCCAGCAUGCAGGCCUUUCUUGGCGACCUCGGCUCUGGCCUGGACGACCACGAUCGCCGGCUCAAGAGCUGGAUGAAGCAGAUUCGUGACAUGGCAUAUGACAUGGAAGACUGCAUCGAUGACUUUGCUCAUCGCCUCCCUCAGGACUCCCUCAGCGAUGCAAGAUGCUCCUUCAUUGUGACGAUAGUCUAUGAGCUGUGGACAUUCUGGCCUCGCCGCGACAUUGCCUCCAAGACUGCCGAGCUCAAGGUCCGUGCACAAUACAUUGCUGAGAGGCGCAGCAGAUAUGGAGUGGAAAACCCAGUCCCAAGAAGAAGCUCUAAAGCCGGAACAAUCCAUGCUGUUAUGUAUGGCAUUGCUGAGCAUUUGGUGGCGAGCCGUCAGCUCAUCCGCACAGAGAACCCCGUGGGAGUGAAGGUGGACAUGAAGAAGCUCGAAGGUUGGCUAGCAAAACAUGAUAAAGGCUCUCAUCGAGCUGUUGUGUCAUUGAUUGGAUUUGGUGGUGUGGGAAAGACCACCAUUGUCAUGGCACUGUACCGAGAUUUCAGGAAUGAAUUUGACUGCCGGGCGUCAGUCACAGUGUCUCAGAACUUCGACGGAGAUGAAGUCCUCAGGGAUGUUCUUGCUCAAAUCAAGCCAGCAGACAAUCAAAUCAAUCCAAAGGAGGAGGGGCAGGAGGGCGGCAACAGAGGGAAGUUGGAGAAGAAAAACCAAGUGGCAGACAUUAAAAGCUCAGUGAAGCGAGUUGUGCCACUGCUCUCUGGUCACAGGCCGCAAAGCAAUGAUGGCAGCACACAGAGCAAGAUAGAAACAAUGAAUCGUGACCAACUUAUUGAAGAACUCAAAAAACGCCUGCUUGGAAGGAGGUAUCUCCUCUUGAUUGACGAUAUAUGGUCUGUAGAAACAUGGGGGGCCAUUAGAAAUUGGUUGCCACAUGGUAAUACAAAGGACAGUAGAGUAAUAGUAACUACAAGAUUUCAAGCUGUUGGUGCAGCGUGCUCAGAAAGAGAUGGAACUGAUUAUGUGCAUACAGUUAAUGUUCUAAGUGAUGCCGACUCCAAAAGCCUAUUUCAUCAGAGUGUUUCUGAACCCCCAAGCAGCAAAGAAGGUGAAAGAAUGGAUACAAGAUCUCAAGCUGAUGUUCCUAGUGUUUCUACUGAGUCCUUCGAAGGAGAUGGAACUGAUCAUCAGCCUUCAGCUCGUGUUCAAAGCAGCAAGGUUGGGGAGAAAGAAGAGGUCCAUAUGGAUAUAUGGAAAUAUUGUGGGGGGCUUCCUUUGGCCAUAGUCACCAUGGCUGGCCUUGUGGCCUGCAACCCGCAAAAACAGAGUGAUCAUAGGAGUAAAGUUUGCCAGUCAUUAUUUCCAGAGCAAGUGGCUCCCCUUACAUUGGAGGGGGUCACAAGGAUACUUGAUUAUUGCUACAAUGAUUUUCCUGCAGAUCUCAAGACCUGCUCAUUGUACUUGAGCAUAUUUCCCAAGGGCUCAAAAAUUAGUAAGAAGUGUCUGACCCGGCGGUGGAUUUCAGAAUGUUUUGUUGCAGAGAAGCAAGGGCUGAGUGCAGAGGAAGUUGCAGACACAUACUUCAAUCAACUUGUAAGCAGGAAGAUAAUACGUCCUGUGGAUCACAGCAGCAAUGGGAAGGUUAAAUCCUUUAAAGUUCAUGACAUGAUCCUUGAAUAUAUCGUGUCCAAGUCAAGUGAAGAGAAUUUUAUUACUGUCGUUGGUGGACAUUGGCUGAUGCCAACUCCUAGCAACAAAGUUCGUCGACUCUCCAUGCAAAGCAGUGGUUCCAAGCGUGGGAAUUCCACAAAAGGCAUGAACUUGUCUCAAGUGCGGUCACUGACGGCGUUUGGAAGCCAGAACAGACGGCUCCCUUUCCAUUCGUUCAACAAUGGAAUAAUACAAGUGCUAGAUCUUGAGGGCUGGAAGGGUUUGACAGAUAAGCAUAUGAAUGACAUAUGUAAAAUGCUUGUGUUGAAGUAUUUGAGCCUUAGACGAACAGAGGUUUCUGAGAUUCCAUCAAAGAUCGAGAAGCUCCAGUAUCUAGAAACUCUUGACAUAAGGGAGACAGAUGUUGGGGUGCUGCCCAAAGCUUUUGGACAGCUCAAACAGCUCCGUAGCAUGCUUGGAGGGAACAAAAACACAAAAAAGGCUUUGAAGUUGCCACAUGAGAAGAACAAGGAGCCUAUGAAAGCACUUCGUAUCUUGUCAGGGAUUGAGAUCGGUGAGGACUCAUCAGCUGUAGCAAGUCUUCAUCAGCUGACAGGGCUAAGGAAGCUUGCCAUUUACAAGCUCAAUAUAAUGGAGGGUGGUCAGACCUUCAAACAAUUACGCUCCUCCAUUGAGUACCUCUGUAGCUGCGGUCUGCAGACAUUGGCAAUCAAUGAUGAGAGCUCUAAUUUUAUCAACUCACUAGACACCAUGACCACUCCUCCAAGAUACAUCAUCGGCCUAGAGUUGUCUGGCAAGAUGGAAAGGCCCCCAAAGUGGAUCAAAGAACUCAAUAACCUUUAUAAGCUGACCCUUUUUGUGACAGUUCUUCGGACUGAUACGUUCAAGCUCAUCCAGGACCUGCCCAAAUUGUUUACGCUCACCUUUACACUCAGUGCGGCCAAGGAUGAUAGGGACAUAGUGGACAUUCUUGAGGAAAAUAAACAGCUUACCGACAGGGAGAUCAUUAUUCCACCUGGAGGAUUCAAGAGUCUAAAGCUGCUUUGCUUCUUUGCAACUAUGGUGCCAAGGAUGAGCUUUGCAGUUACAGGAAAAGAGGUAAUGCCAGCACUGGAGAGGAUUGAUAUGCGGUUUGAAGCCUUUGAAGGGAUUUACGGCAUUGAGACUCUCAAAAGCCUCCAAGAGGUGCAUCUCAGUGUUGAUAAUCAAGCAGAUGAAAUAACCAAGUUCUUGGUACAAGAUUUGAAGGACACCCCCAAGUAUUUGGACAAAAAGUACGCCAGCAAGUGGCCAAAGAUAAUCACCGAGUGAAGAGAUUGGAAUAUGUCAUAUUGUCUUUCAGUUGACAUACAAAUCAUCUGGUAUUGUAUAAUUACAAGCGGAUACUGUUGCAUCAAAUCCGCGCCACCUUCUUGAGGGCACAUAAACAAAUAUUAUUUAUUCUUGUAAU